AUGGUGUUCCCACAGGAACGUAUGCUGCGUGACCAUCGUUGUGGGCUGCCCACCGACCCCAAGUUGGGCUGUGAUGAAUGUGGACCAAUGGUACAAUUGAUAGAGGUUGGCUCAGUAGAUCAGCCAGAACUAAUUGAUUUCCAUGUUAACCAAGAUCGUGCUGGUUCAUUAUUGCAGCAGAAGCAAACACCAAUAAAACGUGCAGUAAGCUCAACUCAAGGUGUUAGCUCUCAAAUGCCUGGUCCGGCUGUUCCUUCCCCUUUCAAAAGGAGCUCUAUUUGGCUUCAAGAAGAAGAAAAAAAUCCAUCAAAAAAAGUGCAAGAGGGCGACGCUGUGCCGCGGUCGUUCCGCGAUGGCGUCGCCACUAAGCUGCACCGGCGCUCGCACACGGGCGAGCGGCCGUUCGCGUGCGGCUUCUGCGCGCGGGCGUUCGCCAGCAAGGACCUGGCCACCAAGCACGAGCGCACGCACACGGGCGAGCGGCCGUUCGCGUGCGGCGUGUGCGAGAAGGCGUUCGCCACGUCGGGCGUGCUCAAGAUCCACUCGCGCACGCACACGGGCGAGCGGCCGUACCGGUGCCGCUUGUGCGCCAAGAGCUUCACCAACCGGACGUCCCUGGUGAAGCACGAGCGCGUGCACACGGGCGAGAAGCCCUACGCGUGCCCGGUGUGCCGCAAGGCGUUCGCGCUCAACUGCCACCUGACGGUGCACAAGCGCGUGCACACGGGCGAGAAGCCCUACCUGUGCCAGGCGUGCGGACGGCGCUUCGCACACUCCAAAGACUUUCCCAACCAUGAUCUCACGCUGGCGUGUUCAGUUCGCAGUCAGUUCGAAAAAAAUCAAAGUUGGUUAUUCCCAAACACCCGGCGCUUUGCCACCGAACUCUUAGUUGUCGCUGUCAGGGAUAAAAUCAGAGAAGCGGCAACCCAGCAAGCAGGCGGCGUGAACAGGCCAGGCACAGCCGUGGCGCCUUCUCGUAGCGCUGCCACUGUUGCACGCGACGGCGGCGAGGCGCCGUCGCAGCCAGCGCACGGAGACGAAAGCCAUAGGGGCGCGCAGCAGCCAGUAAAGCGCCCGGUGAUGCGCGAAUACUCGCAAGUAGAACGAGCGUCUCGCCGAGGGCGUGUUGUCGGCCAGCUGCGCAGUCCACGCACGUGUCCCACGACGAGAAGAGGAAGUGGUGGAUGCGGCGCUGCAGCAACUGGGGCACCCACGGGUCCUCGGGCGACAGGCGAUAGCGUUGCACAGGGACAACUGGCCAUUCAAAACAUCGCGAGCCACUGUGGACAGAACCGUAUUAAACGAUGUUCAUUAGCAAAAGUAAUCAUUUUCUACCCGUCGGUUUUACAAAGGCUAGACGUUUGUAACUUUAUGAGACAUAUCGCUGAAGUUCCUUACAAAGAGAAUAAAAUACCCGACCUCUUCAGGAGUUGUAGUUAUACAGUUCGAAUUAAUCCCUACCGUCUGGCCCCUUACGCAGACAUUCCAAAUGAGAUGACCUCCUGGUGGGUACCUGUUGUGGAACGGCGUCUCCUUGUCGAAGAAGCGGGCGAAGGAGGAGUUGGCGGGCGACCAGUAGCCUCGGGCGUCCUCGGCGCAGCUCCACCCGCCGCCGGCUUUGGCCGCCGCCACCAACCCGGCCUUGCAGCACUUGGCGUGGCAGUCGUCGACGUUGCACAGGCGCUCCGUGACGAGGGCGAAGGGCGACAGCGGCGGCAGGGCCGCAGUGCUACGAGCUUCAAGAGACGAAAGCGCCGCCACUCACCUCAAGCUCGUGCGAACGGCCACCCGCUGCGAAUCCACCCGCGAUUCAGGCAGAUCGCUUCUGUUGAUGAGGGCUGA